CCUCUCAGGACCAGGCGUGACGAUGCACCGUCUCCAGCUCUGCAGGUUACUGAACGCCCUUCCUGUUGUCUGACGACUGCGAUCCGGCGCCCGCCGGACCAUGUGGACCUGGUCGCCGCUUCCACUUUACAGAUUAGGAAAGCCGAGGCCCGGAGAAGCGAGGCGACGGCAUCUGUCAAAGGCCAGGAGACAGCGGAGGUUCUCAAUCUAGCCGACGCCUCGGGUCGUGUGCCGGGAACUGAGCUAAAUCCGCAGAGCAACUGUACAAUGCUCAGUUAAGAAGCCAGAGUACACAAGUCAAUGGUGAUGACAGACUCUGUAUUGGACUCCCAGCAAGCCAGAAGCACUGGGGAGAUGGAUGGACUGUGUUCUGAGCUAUUGCUGAUUCCCCCAUCUCUCUCUAACCAUGGAAUCCUGGGGCCUGUCCCAAGUACCUGUGCUUCUGGGGACCCUACACCGUUGCCUGCUGACUCAGGCUGCCUACUGGUAGAAGCCACAGCUACUGAAGAGGGGCCAGGGAACAUGGAGAUCAUUGUGGAAACAGUAGCUGGAACCCUGUCCCCAGGAGCUCCUGGAGAAACCCCAGGUGUCCUGGUAAAAGUGGUGGAGGUGUACUUCUGUGAGCGCUGUGAACAGAGUUUUGCAGAGCCCACUCUGCUGUCCCUGCACCAGUGCACGGAGACCCAUACACAACCUGUGCAAGACCUUCCUAGCCCCCCACGCUCUGUAGAACUGCCCCCCAACAACCUCACUCUCCAUGGCCCUCUGCAUGGCCUCAGCGUGUCAGAUAGCCCCCUGCCAUGUCCUGUGUGUAGGCAAGAAUUUGCCCAACCCCAGGCCUUGAAGAGCCACUUCAAGAUUCAUCGGGCCACUCCCAGCACUUUCUCUUGCCCAGAGUCUGACUGUGUGUUCUCUGCUGAAGAUCGUCAGGGUCUGCAACACCACUUGAGGCAGACCCACAAAGCAGUUCCAGUGCCCUGUUCUUUCCGGGGCUGCCCCCUGCUUUUUGGGAGCCAGCAGGGAAUGGAGCUUCACCGGCAGGCCCAUUACCCUUUCCACUGCAGCCAUUGCAACUUCAUGGGCUCCAACGUCAAACUCUUCCGGCAGCAUCAGCGGAGCCAUGGGACCAAAACACAGGGGGAACUUUCUGCUCUUCAGGCACUUCCAUCCCGGGAGCUGCUGCCAGCUCCCAAACUGCCUCUAGGAGAACCUUCAAAGGAAGCAGGCACAUGUUUGCCUGGACAGGAGUCAGCUGUGGAAGAGAAUGUAGAGGAAGAGGAAGAGAGUGGCACCCAGGACUCCCAGAAAGCCUUGGAUAAAGGUCAAGAGGCUUCACAGUUGGAAGGGGAUGUCACUUCUGGCACUGAGUCCCUCUUCAAGACACACAUGUGCUCAGAGUGCAAGCGCUGCUUUAAGAAGCGGACCCACCUAGUAGAGCACCUGCACCUCCACUUCCCAGACCCCAGCCUUCAGUGUCCUAACUGCCAGAAAUUCUUCACCAGCAAGAGCAAACUCAAGACCCACCUGCUGCGGGAGCUGGGUGAGAAGGCCCACCGCUGCCCGCUGUGCCACUACAGUGCAGUUGAGAGGAAUGCUCUCAACCGCCAUAUGGCCAGCAUGCAUGAGGAUAUCUCCAACUUCUACUCAGACACCUACGCCUGUCCCGUCUGCCGGGAGGAAUUCCGCCUCAGCCAGGCACUCAAGGAGCACCUCAAGAGCCAUACGGCAGCAGCUGCAGCAGAGCCAUCACCCCUCCGCUGCUUUCAGGAGGACUGUAGCUUUGCAGCCCCUGACCGCAAGACCUUUAUAAAGCAUUUGAAGGAGACCCACGGGGUGCGGGCUGUGGAGUGCCGCCACCACUCAUGUCCAAUGCUCUUUGCCACAGCUGAAGCUAUGGAGGCUCACCACAAGAGCCACUAUGCCUUCCACUGCCCCCACUGUGACUUCGCCUGCUCCAAUAAGCACUUAUUCCGCAAACAUAAGAAACAAGGCCAUCCAGGCAGUGAAGAGCUGCAGUGUACCUUUUGCCCCUUUGCCACCUUCAACCCAGUAGCCUACCAGGACCACGUAGGCAAGAUGCAUGCUCAUGAGAAGAUCCACCAGUGUCCUGAGUGCAACUUUGCCACUGCCCACAAGAGGGUGCUCAUUCGACACAUGCUACUGCAUACCGGUGAGAAACCUCACAAAUGUGAGCUGUGUGACUUCACGUGCCGAGAUGUGAGCUAUCUAUCCAAGCACAUGCUAACUCACUCCAACACCAAGGAUUACAUGUGCACUGAAUGUGGCUAUGUCACCAAGUGGAAGCACUACCUCAGUGUGCACAUGCGAAAACACGCAGGGGACCUCAGAUAUCAGUGCAACCAAUGCUCCUAUCGCUGCCACCGGGCUGAUCAGCUCAGCAGCCACAAGCUGCGGCACCAGGGCAAGACCCUGAUGUGCGAAGUGUGUGCCUUUGCCUGUAAGCGGAAGUACGAGCUGCAGAAGCACAUGGCUUCCCAGCACCACGCUGGCACACCAGCCCCACUCUACCCCUGCCGCUACUGCAGCUACCAGAGCCGCCACAAGCAGGCCCUGCUGAGCCAUGAGAACUGCAAGCACACCCGGCUCCGAGAGUUCCACUGUGCACUCUGCGACUACCGCACCUUCAGCAAUACCACACUCUUCUUCCACAAGCGGAAGGCUCACGGUUACGUGCCUGGAGAACAGAUCUUGCAGUUCCACAGUGCCAGCCUUGAGUCAGAGGGGACCAGGCAGUGCCUGGAACCUCCACCAGACUCAGAACCCUCAAGUCAGCUAUCUUCCCAGCCUCAGGAGCCAGGCCAUGAACAUGAGACUGUGGUGGACCCCAGCUUGGACCAGACCCUUCCAGAGACCAGGGAUGACAUCAGCACCAGGAGACAAGAGAGUGAGGCUCCUCACGGGGACGGUCUCGAAGGCAGUGCCAGCCCAGGGGAAGUGGAGGAAGGUGGCUGCACACUACACUUAGAGGCUCUGGGAGUAGAGCUGGAACCUGUGGCUGAGCCACCCCUUGAGGAACUCACUGAAACGGCCCCUGUGGAGUUCAGGCCCCUGGAUCCCUCAGGACCAAUGGAACUGGACGGGCCAGAUGGACUGGAAGGGCAAGCACUGUCUCACUGUGAAUGUGUGGGGACUCCUAGCUUAGGUACUGAAGAAGAGCCCACUCCGGAGAAGUCAGUCCCUGAACCCCCUGGAAAUCCUCCCCUCUUAGAGGAGGCUCCUAACAGCUGGGUGGGAACCCUCAAGGCAACACCAUGCGCUGAGAUGACCCCCUCGCCUCAGUUCCCUGAGUCAGAAUCACUGCUAAAGGUUCUGCGGAGGCAGGAUAAAGAACAAGCAGAGGCACUGGUGCUAGAGGGACGUGUGCAGAUGGUAGUGAUCCAGGGAGAGGGGCAGGCCUUCCGCUGUCCACAUUGCCCUUUUAUUACUCGCCGGGAGAAGGCCCUGAAGCUGCACUCCAGAUCAGGAUGCCAGGGCCGCCGAGAGCCCCUGCUGUGCCCCGAGUGUGGAGCUAGCUUUAAACAGCAGCGAGGCCUCAGUACCCACCUGCUGAAGAAGUGCCCUGUUCUGCUCAGAAAGAACAAGGGCUUGCCCCGACCACCUUCUCCCACUGCCCUGCACACUCAGCUCCCGGCCACCCAGGCCUCAGAAGAUACCAAAAGUGUGAAGCCCGCACUGGUACCCUCUGAGGCAGAGCUAGAGCUUCCAAAAGCUGUCCCUGAACUCCCCGGGGAGCCAGGGGACCAAGAGGAGCUUCUUGCCACACCUUCUGGCUCUCCAGCACCUCCUAUAGGAAAUACGUCAUCUGCAGAAAGCCCCGAGAAGUUCCACUUUGACCAGGGCAAGUUCCAUUGCAACUCCUGCACAUUCCUUUGUUCUCGGCUUUCCUCUAUCACCUCUCAUGUGACGGAGGGCUGUCGAGGACGUGGCAGGAGAGGAAAGCGAGGCUCCUCCCACACCCGCCCUGCUGUGUCUUCUGUGAGCAGUGGGGACACUGCACCCCUGAGUAACAGGAGUCCAGAGUCUAAUAACCCUGGUGGUGGGGAUGCCAGUCUGACUGAGAAACCAAAGGGCCCUCUCUUCUGCCCUACGUGUCCCUUUAGCUGCCAACAGGAACGGGCGCUGAGGACUCACCAAACCCAAGGGUGCCCGCUUGGAAAGCCCGGAGACCUGCACUGUGGCCUCUGCCCUUUCACUGCUCCUGCUGCCACUGCAUUGAGACUCCACCAGAAGCGGAGGCACCCCACUGCAAACGCUGCCCGGGGUCCCCGGCCCGCCUUGCAGUGCGCUGACUGUGGCUUCACCUGUAAGCAGAGUCGGUGCCUGCAGCAGCACCGGCGGCUCAAGCACGAGGGGGUGAAGCCUCAUCAGUGUCCUUUCUGUGACUUUUCCACCACCAGGCGGUACCGGUUAGAGGCUCACCAGUCUCGCCACACAGGUGUUGGCCGCAUCCCUUGCAGUUCCUGCUCCCAGACAUUCGGUACCAACUCGAAACUACGUUUGCACCGACUAAGGGUCCACGACAAAACACCCACCCACUUCUGUCCACUCUGUGACUAUAGUGGCUAUCUUCGUCAUGACAUCACACGCCAUGUCAAUAGCUGCCACCAGGGCACCCCCGCCUUUUCUUGCACCCAGUGUGAGGCCCAGUUCAGCUCAGAGACAGCACUCAAGCAGCAUGCUCUGCGGCGACACCCCGAGUCCACACAGCCUGCUCCUGGCUCUGCUGCAGAGGCCAGUGAGGGCCCCCUGCACUGCUCCCACUGUGGUUUGCUGUGCCCCAGCCCUGCCAGCCUGAGAGGACACACCCGGAAACAGCACCCACGGCUAGAGUGUGGCGCCUGCCAGGAGGCCUUCUCCAGCCGGCUCGCACUGGAUGAGCACCGGAGACAGCAGCAUUUCAGCCACCGCUGCCAGCUCUGUGACUUUGCUGCCCGGGAGCGGGUGGGCCUGGUGAAGCACUACCUGGAACAGCACGAGGAGACUUCUGCAGCGGCCUCCGAUGGGGACAGAGAUGCUAGCCAGCCCCCCCUACACUGUCCCUUUUGUGACUUUGCGUGUCGCCAUCAGCUGGUGUUGGAUCACCACGUGAAGGGGCAUGGAGGCACCCGCCUCUACAAGUGUACCGACUGCGCUUACAGCACCAAGAACCGGCAGAAGAUCACCUGGCAUAGCCGCAUCCACACGGGGGAGAAGCCGUACCGCUGCCACCUCUGCCCCUACGCCUGUGCUGACCCCUCUCGCCUCAAGUACCACAUGCGAAUCCACAAGGAGGAACGGAAGUACCUAUGUCCUGAGUGUGGCUACAAGUGCAAGUGGGUCAACCAGCUCAAGUACCACAUGACCAAGCACACAGGACUGAAGCCAUACCGGUGUCCUGAGUGUGAGUACCGUACCAACCGUGCCGAUGCAUUACGGGUACACCAAGAGACCCGGCACCGUGAGGCACGGGCUUUCAUGUGUGAACAGUGCGGCAAGGCCUUCAAAACACGCUUCCUGCUGCGCACCCAUCUGCGCAAGCACAGUGAGGCCAAACCCUACGUGUGCAACGUAUGCCACCGCGCUUUCCGCUGGGCUGCUGGCCUGCGCCACCACGCCCUCACCCACACCGACCGCCAUCCCUUCUUCUGCCGCCUCUGCAGUUACAAAGCCAAGCAGAAGUUCCAGGUGGUCAAACAUGUGCGCAGGCACCACCCUGACCAGGCUGACCCCAACCAAGGUGUGGGCAAAGACCCCACCACCCCCACAGUGCACCUGCAUGAUGUGAAGCUGGAGAAUCCCAGCCCUCCUGCUCCGGCAGUACCUACCACAGGACCUGAGGGCUGAGUGCCUUCUGCAGCUCCCAGACAGGAAGAACAUAUGGUCCUACAUGCACACAGUGGGAUGGGGCUGGCCUAAGGAGUACCAGGCCUGAGGGAGAACUGGCUUUGGCGUUGGGAUGUUACUGUGACUAGAACUCUCUCAGUUCCCACCAGACUCUGAGCAUUAUUCUUUGAAAUUAAUGCCUAUAUAAAAGAGAGACAUGGACCAAAACAUUGAUUUCCUCUUGAGGUGCUCUGUUACAUGGGGAUGAAUUUCCAGUUUCUUUGCCAUCAUUUUACCAGAAUCCUGGCUAUAAGAUCUUGAUAUUGUCCAGUCUGUCCACUCCAUCUUCCUUGUUACUGUAUC